GUGCACUCUUGGUGUUUGGCAGUCGGGACAGGGCGGUACAAACCUCUUGCCCUUUUACUUCACGUUCUCUUCUCUAUCGCGGCACGAUUGCCUUUUCUUCUCGUCUGUGUUGCGCGCCAUGUCCUACCCUUUCAACAAUACGCAGUAUCAUGCCGUGGGCAACAACAAUGACUACGGCAAUGCCGGGUAUACCGCUCCUCAGGGAGGAUAUUCUGACUUCGCCAACCAGAAUGGAAGUAACAACAAUAGUAAUACCUAUUCGGCCUUCGAACAUACCGACAGCUAUGCGCCCUUCGCGACAACAAAGUCGACAUCGAGGAAGAAAUAUGGCGUUAUCGGCGGUUCGGUCGUCGCUUUGAUAAUAGUGAUCGCCGUUGGUGUUGGUGUUGGCGUCGUUGUCUCGCACAACCACAAGAACACGUCGGCGGCAUCGUCUUCCAAAUCCUCGAACUCAAGCUCCGCUCAACCGAGUGGCAUCCCAUCCACCAUCUCAGUUACCAACGUCACUGGGCUGAUACAUUGGACGGACCCGAACGACCCGAGCACCUUCGUCAAGGACGACCGACUACACCAGUCGUUCUACGGAUUUGCUUAUACACCGUACGGCUCGCAGCUACCCUCGUGCGGUAAUUCUCUUGAUCAGGUUAUUGCGGACAUACAAAUUCUGUCCCAGUUGACGAAGCGCAUCCGGUUGUAUGGUUCUGAUUGCAACCAGACGGCCCUCGUUUUGGAAGCCAUCAAGCAGACCAAGGUCGAUAUGAAGGUAUUCCUCGGCAACUAUCCUUCCCUGUCGGAUGGCGGCGUUGCGUAUGCUCGGCAACGCGAUACGAUGCAAUCCGCUCUGCAGACUUAUGGAUCCACGAAUGUCGCUGGAAUCACUGUCGGCAACGAAGUCAUCUUGAAUUAUCUCACGGACAACGGCGGGAGUCAACAGGAUCCUAAUGGGCUUGUCGGAAAUCAGGCCGCAACUCUGCUUCUCGUGAAUAUCACAGAUACCAAAGCGAUGGUUCAGAGCCUCGGUCUGACGAUCCCUGUCGGCAACUCGGAUGCGGGCAGCUACUCAAACAACUUGAUUCUGGCCCAGGUGGACUACUUCAUGGCGAACGUCCACCCUUGGUUCGCGAAUACCGCAAUUGCAGAUGCUGCUUCCUGGACGGCCGACUUUUUCACUUCGACUGACGUUGCAGCAGUGAAUGGCGUCAGCAAUAAACCCACGGCAUAUAUUGCCGAGACUGGAUGGCCAACAAACUCUUCGUCAGCUGCUGCCAAGACCAACGGAGCCGCCGACGCAUCGGUGGCCAACCUUCAGAUAUUUUUGGACACAUUCGUCUGUGCAUCCAACACCAACGGCACGGGCUACUUCUUUUUCGAAUAUUUCGAUGAGGGUUGGAAGGAUGCCCAAUUUGGCGGUGUCGAGGGCUGGUGGGGAGUUUUCCACGCCAAGUUUGUUAUUCCUCACAGAGCCACCUAUUUUUCUCAUUCACGUCUUUCUAGUCGCACCAUGAAGGAUGUCACAAUCCCCACUUGCACCUUGUCAUAAACGGACAGUUUCAAUGCAUCGGACAUCGCAGCAUCUAACACUUGUAAUGAAUAUUAAUGAUUGGACUCUUUGCAUAAAUCUAACUUAUAUCCCACCUUGUGUUCUGCUUGUAGUGACUGAGACUGUAGGUAGUACUGACCUCUACACUGUUUUUGCCGCAUCAACGGA